AUGGCUUCCAUGGGUUUCAGCUACGCGCAGAUCCACGUGCAGCAGGAGAGAUGCAGGAUGAGGAACCUAAAGGCUCAAGAGAAAGAGAAGAAGUCCAAUGAGGACGUGGGCGAGGGAGAGGAGGAUAAUAACAGGAGGCCUAAUAAGGUUGAAGACAAGGCCGGCGGCGGCGGCGGCUCAUGGGCGAGCGGGAGGGUGCACCCCUGUGCCAGGACGGCAGCACUGGAGCCGCACAACAGUGGCUGGUGA